UUACAGAUGGAGUGUGAGUGGGUUUGGCUGAAUUCUGAAGACUAUCACAAUGACUCUGAGUUGAGCAAUGACUACAGAUCUGUCUUCAGCUCUUGGGACUCCAGUCUGGAUCUUGAUGUGGGCAGUUGGAGGGAAACUGAGGAUCCAGAUCCAGAGAUUGAAGAACUAGAAGAAAGCAGCCCAGAGAGAGAAUCCAGUGAACUGCUUUUGGAAGAUGGAGAGAGUGAAGAAUCCCAGGAAGAGAAAGAACAAGGAAGGCACCAGAACCUCCUCCACUUUCUCUCUGAGGAGGAGGCUCAACAAGACUCCAAAGAUAUGAACCAGGGUGAAGGGUAUGCUUCAGAAAUGGAAGACCAACCCCCUUCAGGUGAUCAUGAUGAUGGUAUCACUAUUCAGGAAACUCCCCUGGUGGAGAUCCUUUACAACUGUGUUAACUCCUCACAACUGAGUGACCUAGGCCAAGGUGAUCCUAUUCAGGAUCAUUUCCUAUUUAAGAAGACACUUUUGCAAGUCUGGAAGAUGAUUGCCAGCCACAGGUUCAGCAGUCCAUUUCUGAAGCCUGUGACAGAGAGGCAGGCCCCAGGAUACAAGGAUGUGGUGAAAAGACCCAUGGACUUAACUACCCUGAAGAGGAAUCUGUCUAAGGGACGCAUUCAUACCAUGGCCCAGUUCCAACGGGAUCUAAUGCUGAUGUUCCAAAAUGCUGUAAUGUACAAUGACUCUGAUCAUCAUAUUUACCAUACGGCUGUGGAGAUGCAACAGGAAGUCUUGGAGCAGAUUCAGGUGCUGAGUACUUGGUUAGACAAAAGAAAGGACUUAAAUUUUCUGGAAUGAGUGCCAGCUAGCCCAGCAGAUGAAGGAAGCCCAUUUUGUUAACCUGGAGCUACAACCCUGAUUCUUUCUGAAGCUUAUACCUCUCCUUGAGACUGACC